UUAGAAAGCAUGGGCUUGGAAACUUUGAUAGACUGCACAGUUUCGUCCAAUUUGUCAACAAGUCAAGAUGAAAAUUUUCUGGUUCGCUUUGUGUAGCUUUUUCAUUACAGAAUCCCUCGCGAAGGGAAGUAUAUAUGAUGGUUUUAAGAUCUAUGAACUGAUUGCAAAGGGACGCUCAUCUGACUUCGUUUUGUCUGAGCUGAUUAAGAAUGAGUCAUACUAUGAGAUUUUUUCAAGUAAUGGAGCCAAUGCACAUGUCAUGGUCCACCCGGAGGCGCAAUCCGAAUUUAUCGAAUUACUUGAUGAUCACACACUUACACAUAAGAUCGUAAAUCGUGAUGUGGGUUUAACGUUGCGUCGUGAGUUCGAAACGAAUCGCAAUUUGAGGAACUGGUUUCCCUAUGAGGGGCGACUGGGCACAGAGAGAUAUUACACCCAUGAGGAGAUCAAUCAGUAUAUUGAGGAUCUUGCCAAGCAAUUUCCAAGUCGUGUCGUCGUUAAAACUGUGGGCAAAAGCUUCGAGGGACGCUGGCUAAAGACAAUCCGAAUAACCAAUGGAGAUGGACGUUCCAAUAAGAAUGUAAUUCUUAUGGAUGGUGGUUUUCACGCUCGUGAAUGGAUCUCGCCUGCAGCUGUGCUUUAUGCCAUUGGCGAGCUGGUGAACAACUAUGAAGCACAUGCUCAACUGCUUCUGGAUUACGACUGGGUUAUUCUGCCCGUGGUCAAUGCGGAUGGUUAUGCCUACACUCACCUCUCGGCGGACACGAGGAUGUGGCGCAAAACACGUCGGCCUAGUAAUGAUACCUGUAUUGGAACUGAUCCCAAUCGGAAUUUCGACUUUCAUUGGAACGAAACAGGUGCCUCACCUGAUCCCUGCUCAGAGACUUACGCUGGAUCGAAGGCAUUCUCCGAACAGGAGGCAAUUGUAGUGCGUGAUCUAAUCCACAGUUUUGCGGAUCGUGGUAAAAUGUAUUUGACGGUGCACUCCUAUGGCAACUAUAUACUCUAUCCUUGGGGCUACAUCGACGCUUUGCCGGACACUUGGCCGGAUCUUGAUGAAGUUGGACGCGCUGGUGGAGAUGCCAUUAAGGCGGCAACGGGCACGGAUUAUCGGGUGGGUUGUUCCACCACUUUGUUGUAUCCGGCUGCCGGCGCUAGCGAUGAUUAUGCCUUCAAUGCUGGCUUUCCCAUAUCAUUCACAAUGGAACUGCCCGCUGGUGGAGCUAACUAUUUUGAUCCACCUGCUUCCGAUAUUGAUAGAUUGGUUAAGGAAACUUGGGUGGGCAUCGAGGCAAUGGCUCGCAGGGUCACACAAAAAUAUCCACUCAAUUAAAGUUUUUUGGAUUUUAAUUAAUAGGUUUUAAAAUUUUCUAUAAUAUAAAUUGUAAAAUAAAAUAAAACUAUUAAGCAUAUUGUGCGUAACUAGCCAUUGAAAAAAAUAGGUAAGUAUACAAUGCAAUAGUCAUUUUAUGUCAAUGUCAAAACAA